AUGGAAUUUAAAGCUUUAUCUUCAAAGUCGCUUGAUAAAUUCCAUUCUGUGCCAAACCUCCGGUCCAGCGUUGUCAGCGAAUUGGACUUUCGGCGUCUCUACAGCCUGUCCCUCUCGAAGAUCAAAAAGCACGCAGAAUUCGGAGAGUACAGCUACAAACAAUCGCCCUUCAACAUACGGUGGAUCCAUGGCUAUAAUCUGAAGGUGGGUGUGAUCAACCUGAACGAGCAGGGCAGUACGACGGUUUUCUACGCAGCAGGCAAUGUGGCGGUUUUGUACAACUGGAGUGUGAACAACAUGAUGAUACUGCAAGGCCAUAAGCACACGGUAAUAAGUAUCGCUUCUGACAGUGAGGGCAAAUGGCUUGUCACAGCAGACUCUGGCCCAGAAAAUGUCAUCAUAAUAUGGGAUAGUUCAGACUAUUUUCCCCAAAAAACCAUCUUCAACCCUCACGGAAACGCUAGGUUGGCAAAGGUUGUCAUCAGUGCCGAUGCCAAAUUCCUCCUAACGUUGGGAUAUCAGGACAAAUCUACAAUUCAUUGGUGGAUAUGGUCUUACGGCUUGGAUGUCCCUCACGCAACGUUGGAAGUAGAUAUUCCUAAAGGCGGCGUCCUUGAUAUGAGUUUUAACCCCGCUAAUAGUCAACAGUUCUUGCUAAUGACGAAAUAUGAUAUAUGGAUUGGUAUUUCUGCUAAAAUAUUCGUCGUAGAACGAGGUAUUUGGAAAGAGACAGACGAUUAUGAGUUAAAGGUCCGAGUGCUAGAGAAAAAGAUAAAUCCAGAAAACGGCAGACUCACUUGUUUCACGUUUGUAAGAGAUACUGCCCAGGUGUUGGUGGGUACCAGUCGUGGAUCCGUCCUGGUGUACGGGUAUUCCAUAGAAUACAAAACGAACCUAGAAACGAUGAACUAUGAACAUUUGAAGUUCAUUAAAGUGCUGAAGAUGAACCAAAGGGGGAUUAAUGUAAUUAAGAGUAUUGAUGGAGUAAUCGUGACUGGUAACAGUGCUGGCGAGAUUCUCUUUUACGACCACCAGAUGAAACUUCUCUAUUGGCUCCACGGCUUCACUGUGGACUCUGUUAAAGGAAUCAGCUUUAACAUUUCUCCGAGGAGUUGUAUGAUUUUGGAUCCAAUGUGUAACAAAAUAUGUCCUUGCUGGGAGCAAGUUGUAGUCGAGAAGGAUCCAGAAACGGGCCAGCCGCGUCAGAAUCUCAUGAAGCAGGCGUUACCCACAGAUGCAACGACCGGUGGCAAGGCAUUCCUCGUGAGGGAUUUUAUUGUAUGUACACACAACCAAGGCGUGGGUUUCGUUGACUUCGUGACGGAGAAGUUCGCAACAAUCCUGGACAACAAGAUAUCACACGCACUGUCGUUAUCGACACACCCGGAAAAGCCUUACGUGUGCAUCGGAUAUGCUGAUGGAAGCAUCGAGUUAGUGAACUACAUUCAACACAAACUCUUUAUUAGGAUUUAUCUGAGGGAGCAUUACAAAGUGGUUAUACCGCCCAAGGAAGACUCUAUAAAGGGGGACGUAGAAAUCACUAGGCCACAGCUUUCUGUCACGUGCUUGAGGUAUUCUCCUUCAGGAAUGCACUUGGCCUGCGGGCUGGAUACGGGUCAGCUCAUAUUCCUACACCCCACCACGAUCAACAUCCUGACGCAGAAUCCGCAUCAUGACACCGUGUCCGCCAUCACCCAGUUCGCCUUCAGCUGUGACUCCAUGGCACUGGCGUUUGCUGACAAAAGCAGAACCGUUGGUGUCUACAAAUUCGAUUGUGACACUUACAAAUGGAUCUUUGUGGGGAAGCACCGGGCACAUUACAAGGAGAUUUCCUCCGUGUUCUUCCUACCCACCAAGAAUCAGAACGGCGACUUCAAACUGUUUUCACUUGGAGCUGAUCGGACAAUGGUUGAGUAUGACGUUGGCGCGAGUUCGGACGAGUACCUUGAAGUUCUGAGCUUGGACAGAGUGGAACAGAGCGGAGUGCCGCUGUGCGGGAUCCACUGGCCAAAUAACUUGGGUUUAGAUCCUGAAACACAUCGCAACGAUUUACCCACUAUACUCAUUGCUAAUGACGAGUACAAGUACAAAAUCGUCAAUUACGCCACCACAAUGACGUUGUCAACGGUGCUGGGUCCACGGUACGAGCAGCCCGUGUGCCGCGUGCAGUUGGUCACCAGGUCGACGGCGGAAGGCGCAGUGCAGUACCUGUUAUUCGCGACGAAGAACAUCAUCGGCUUGCAGAAGAUGCCGCUCGAUGGGAAUCCGUGGAAACAUGCUGCGAUGCUUGGACAUCCUGUACAAAUACUGGAGAUGUGUUAUCGCGAAGAUAGCGGUACAUUGUUCACAAUCGGCGCCAAAGAUAAUUGUAUGUACCAGUGGACUGCGAAGUUCAGGUCUGUUGAAACCACCACAAAGUUGGGAGGAGGCGAUUUGGAUCCUUACUACUGUCUGAUAGAGAACGGUCGUCCCGGCUGGCUGUUCCACGAAAUCAGAGACCUCUUCUACUACAUCCAGAUCCUGUGCCAAGGCACUUUCUCCCCGGCGAUGAGGCGUGUCAACGACUACAUACCGAUAGAUUCUUUGCCGGAUCUUAUGAGGGCUUUGGGGUAUUUUCCGUCGGAAUACGAGGUAGAAAACCUCCUAGUGGAAGCGAAGUACAAAGUUUACCAACGUUCACCGAGCACUGAGAUAGGCUUUGAGGAGUUCGUCAAAUUGUACCUCAACCAUCGUCCCGCGCUCGGUGAUAACUUCAGGAGGAUAAAAAACGCUUUCCGCCACUUUGCCGUGAUGGAUAACAAUAAACUGACAAUAAACCGUGAAGACUUCAUUGAGUUACUGAGCAAUAAUGGUGAAUGCUUCUCCUCGGAUCUGACGUGGUACCUGCUGUCCGUUCUGGCCGGCCACAGCUUCGAGGACCGUGCCGCUAUGCCAGAAGGGGACUUCUCGUUUUUGCCGCAGGAGAUAACACUCGAAGAGCUCGCGUCGACCAUCAUGGGUAUUCAAGACGUGGACGUCCUAACAGAGCAGUACUCUGUGAAGUCCUCGCUGGGCUCCCAGCAGACCGUCUCCACCCAGGACUCCGACGAUGCGCAGAAUUAUAACUUUUAA